AUGGCAGAUGCUCAAAGGUGGAAAUCUUUAGGAUUGGCUGAUGAGCUUCGAUCUAUUGGUUCUCAUUAUACUUGGACCCAUAACCAAGCUGAUGGGGCUAGAAUUUUCUCUAAUUUGGACCGUACUUUUAAGAAUGAAGAGUGGAUGGAUCUAUUUCCUAAAUCGAUAGUUUUUAUAAAAUGGGAUAUAAUAUCUGAUCACUGUUUCUGUAUUGUUAAGGCAAUGACAGAUGUGAACACUGGUUUUAAGCCUUUUCGGUUCUUCAACAUGUGGACCGAACAUGAAAGGUUCAAAGCUGUUGUUACGCAAAGUUGGAACAAAUCCAUAUCAACUCAUGGGUUAGAUAGAAUUAUGAUGAAACUGAAGAGACUAACUCAUGUUCUUAGACAGUUUAAUAAGUGGGAGAUUGGUGAUGUUGAACACAAGUAUCAGGUUGCCAAAGAGAAUUACAAUCAUGCUCAAUACCAACUUCAGCAAGAUCCUCAUUCAGCUGAGUUUCAAGCUGAGGAACAUAAAUCUUUUGUAAAUUUGGUUCAGCAAACCAGGUUCUAUGACAGUUAUCUUAGGCAAAGAGGCAAAAUUAUUGAGAAGUAUGAGGAUGUAGUGGCUCACUUUUUACAUCAUUUUCAGAGUAUUUUGGGUAGUCAAAGUAAGGCCUCGGGUCCUAUUCAAAAGGAGUGUUUUAUGCAUGGUAACAUCUUAUCUUUAGAGCAACAGCUAGUAUUAAUAAAGCCUUUUUCUAAGAAGGAUGUUAAAAAUGCUAUGUUUAGUAUUAGUUCAAUCAAGAGUCCGGGUCCUGAUGGUUAUGGUUCGGGUUUUUUCAAAGCAAUGUGGAAUGAGCUUGGUGAUGAUAUUUCAGACGCAAUUCUGGGGUUCUUUCAGCAGGGUUCGCUGCCUAAAGGCCUCAACAAUGCUAUGCUGUCAUUGAUUCCAAGAGUAGAGAAUUCGACUAAGGCUGUGGAUUAUAGGCCCAUAGCUUGCUGCAAUACAUUGUAUAAAUGUAUUUCAAAGAUGCUAUGUGGUAGAUUGAAUUUGAUCCUUCCUUUGUUAAUCCACCAAAAUCAAGGAGCUUUUGUUAGGGAUAGACUAUUAGCUCAUAAUAUCCUUAUUUUUCAAGAUACUCUUAAAGGUUACAAGAGGAAGCAUAUCUCUCCUAGAUGUGUGAUGAAAGUUAAUCUAAGUAAGGCUUAUGAUUCAAUUGAUUGCCAAUGUUUGGAGGAUACCCUUGUAGCCUUCUAUUUCCCGGGACAGUUUAUUAAUUGGGUUAUGGUUUGUUUAAAGGACUCUUCUUAUUCAAUCUUGAUGAAUGGUAGAGUUCAAGGUAGCUUUCUUGGAAGGAAGGGGCUUAGACAAGGGGACCCUGUAACGACCCAAAAUCAUUAA